GCUCACAGCGGAAGCAGAUCAGCGGCCUGCGGAGCGGCCUCGGCGUCGAGUUGCUUCAGGUCGGCGGCGGCGGCGGCGAGGAGCGGGGGCUGACGCUGACGGCAUGUCUAUUGAGAUCGAAUCGGCGGACGUUGUCCGUCUGAUCAUGCAGUAUUUGAAGGAGAAUAAUUUGCACCGGACUCUGGCAACUUUACAAGAGGAGACCACGGUCUCCCUGAACACAGUGGAUAGCAUAGAGAGUUUUGUUGCAGAUAUUAACAGUGGGCACUGGGACACUGUGUUGCAAGCCAUACAGUCACUGAAGCUGCCUGACAAAACUCUUAUCGAUUUAUAUGAGCAGGUGGUUUUAGAGUUGAUUGAACUUCGUGAGUUGGGUGCUGCCAGAUCCUUGCUCCGACAAACUGACCCCAUGAUUAUGCUAAAACAGACCACACCAGAGAGAUACAUUCAUCUGGAGAACCUGCUGGCAAGGUCCUACUUUGAUCCACGUGAGGCGUAUCCAGACGGCAGCAGCAAAGAGAAGCGGAGAGCAGCCAUUGCUCAGGCCUUGGCCGGCGAAGUCAGUGUGGUUCCCCCCUCGCGUCUCAUGGCUUUGUUGGGUCAGGCAUUAAAAUGGCAACAGCACCAGGGUCUGUUGCCUCCGGGUAUGACAAUUGAUUUGUUCAGAGGAAAAGCAGCUGUGAAAGACGUAGAAGAGGAGAAAUUUCCCACUCAACUCAGCAGGCACAUCAAGUUUGGCCAGAAGUCCCAUGUGGAGUGUGCCCGAUUCUCCCCAGAUGGCCAGUAUCUGGUUACAGGUUCAGUGGAUGGCUUUAUCGAAGUAUGGAACUUCACCACUGGCAAGAUUAGAAAGGAUUUGAAAUACCAGGCACAAGAUAACUUCAUGAUGAUGGAUGAUGCAGUCCUCUGCAUGUGCUUCAGUCGUGAUACUGAAAUGUUAGCAACAGGAGCACAGGAUGGAAAGAUUAAGGUGUGGAAAAUACAGAGCGGUCAGUGUCUACGUCGAUUUGAGCGUGCUCACAGUAAGGGAGUGACCUGCCUCAGCUUCUCAAAAGACAGCAGUCAGAUUCUCAGUGCAUCUUUUGAUCAAACAAUCCGGAUUCAUGGUCUGAAGUCUGGAAAAACGCUGAAGGAGUUCAGAGGUCACACAUCAUUUGUUAAUGAAGUGACAUUUACACAAGAUGGACAUUACAUUCUCAGUGCAUCCUCUGAUGGGAGUGUAAAGAUCUGGAACGUGAAGACCACAGAAUGUGCCAAUACCUUCAAGUCAUUGGGAAGUUCUGCCGGUACUGAUAUCACAGUGAACAGCGUGCAUCUAUUGCCAAAGAACCCUGAACAUUUUGUCGUGUGUAACCGAUCAAAUACGGUGGUCAUCAUGAACAUGCAAGGGCAGAUUGUGAGAAGCUUCAGUUCUGGUAAAAGAGAGGGAGGUGACUUUGUGUGUUGCUGCCUGUCUCCGCGUGGGGAAUGGAUCUACUGCGUCGGUGAAGAUUUUGUGCUUUACUGUUUCAGUACAGUGACUGGAAAGCUGGAGAGAACGUUGACGGUUCAUGAGAAAGAUGUUAUUGGAAUUGCUCAUCAUCCACACCAGAAUCUGAUUGGAACCUACAGUGAAGAUGGUCUCCUUAAACUGUGGAAGCCUUAAGUGCCUAUUGUACAUGUGCAGCUAUAAUUGUGAUUGUUUGAUACCCAUUUCAAUAGAGUUUCAGAAAGCUCUCCACAUUCCCCUGUAAACCAGACUGCUAGUUACAUGCAUUGUUUUUAUAGUGCUAUUAGUAUUGCUGUACCAAGGAAUAAAAUGCCAUCUCCGGCACUGA